AUGAGACUCAUACACUGUCGGGAAAUGCGCCUGGUGCCAUUUAUUGGGGACAACAUUCCCCCAUAUGCCAUCCUCUCGCAUACCUGGCGCGAGGGAGAAGUCACGUACGAGGAUUUUGGCACUCCAGCGGCCGAGUUCAUGGCCGGUUGGUACAAGAUCCAGCAAACUUGCAAGACGGCGUGGUCUCAGGGAAUUGAAUACGCAUGGGUCGAUACGUGCUGCAUUGACAAGUCGAGCAGCGCCGAGCUCAGCGAAGCCAUCAAUUCCAUGUUCCAAUGGUAUGCGCGCUCGGCGAUAUGUUAUGCCUUUCUCGAAGAUGUCUUCAUCGGAGGCGAGCUCGACCCAAAGCUGCUGGACAGGUCCCGGUGGAUGUCUCGGGGUUGGACGCUCCAGGAGCUCAUUGCACCGCACACGGUCGUCUUCUUCAAUCGCCUCUGGCAGCCCCUCAAGACCCGGGAAGAGUUGAGCUUGGGGCUGAGCUGGACAACGGGCAUCCCGUGUGAGAUUCUGCAACGGAAUGGUGCCAACAUUGACGACCUGCUGCGUCUUGUCCCUGUGUGCCAAAAAAUGUGCUGGGCAUCCAAGCGCCAGACAACGCGGAUCGAGGAUACGGCGUACUGCUUGAUGGGUCUGUUUGGAAUAAAUAUGCCCCUACUCUAUGGAGAGGGCUCCAAGGCUUUUAUUCGCCUACAGGAGGAAAUCAUCAGACAUAAUAAUGAUCUGACAAUUUUUGCUUGGCGGGCCGAGGUAUCAACAACAUUUGCAGGAGCCGCCUAUACAUUCGAAGAACAGACCCAUACAAGCCACCAGAUGACUGAUGCAGAGGCCGUUCGGGGUUUAUUAGCCCAAUCUCCUCGUGAAUUCGGUGACGCAAAAUUCAUCGAGCCAAAAGCGAGUGCGUACAACCAAGAGUACACAAUCACCAACAAGGGCAUUCGUAUUACCUUGAUAAACAUUCUGCCCGAAGACAACUCGUCCAACUUUCUAAUGAACCUCUACUGCCACGAUAGACGUUUCAACGCCAUAGUUCGCAGAGUGCUGACCAUCUUCAUUCGGCACAUUGGUGGAGGCAUAUUCGUGAGGGUAAGGCCCGAGAUUCUGCACGACGUGUUCCCCUUCAAGUAUGCCGAGUCGCUUGCGACAGACCUGUAUCUCGCAACAAGUGUGACGGCGGCAACCAUGGCUUCGCUCCAGACUGUCCAAUAUGAUGCGAUUCGUAUACCAAGCACGGCGGGACCCUCAUUCCAGCUUCAACAUGUUGUCCCACGAUUGCAGAUCGAGAGCAACUCGGGCCUCUUUAUCACUCGCGGGUUCCUCAAUGCCGUCGGCUAUGCAACCUACUGCUAUUCGGGAGGAAGAAGAGACCAGGAGCGCUGCGACCUGGUGGUGUUCUUUGGCCUCGAUCAAUACUCGACACCUUGGUAUUGUGUCACUAGCCCAGAUGUCUAUCCCAGCUUUAAUCACGAGCGAUGGGCACAGGAGGAAAAUCUCAAGCGUCACAGUCUAGAUGCGCAGUUCCGGGGCAAAAGCGAAUGCGAGCUGAGGAUUGUAGAUGCUCCGGGCAUUUCGAGAUUCAUCAAUGUUAAAGGCGGGUUCAAUCGGAUCGACCAAAUAUGGGAUUUGAGUCUCGAAAUUGUAUCAACAGGACGACGUUCGGGAAGCUUGGUAAUGCCGACUUGA